UUUAAAGUCAAUGCCAUCAAAGAAAGAAUGGAAAGUUUGCUGCAACAACUGACCCGUGGCAAUGCUCUGUUGCUCAUCAUUAUUUUGGGAAUUGGAGGAACCUUUCAAAAUGGCUACCACAUUACUGGAUUGAGUUCUCCCUCACCGUACAUUCAGCGCUUCAUCAACAGCAGCUGGUACGACAGAUAUGAAGAGCCUCCACCUCCACAGACGGUCACCAUGAUCUGGUCCCUUAUUGUUUCCAUGUAUGCUGUCGGGGGACUCUUUGGGGCCUUCUGUGUCAAAUUGAUCUCCGGCACGCUGGGAAGAAAAAAGGCGAUGAUCUGCAACAGCGUUAUUUCCAUUGUUGCAGCGACGAUCAUGCUUAUAAGCAAAGGCGCCAAAUCAUAUGAAAUGAUUAUCGUGGCAAGGAUCCUGUUUGGCUUCUCCGCAGGUUUGGGGUCCAGCACCCAUGUAAUGUACCUGGGGGAGAUUGCACCCAGAAAGAUAAGAGGGACUGUGACUCUGACCGCAGCAACAUUUGGGUCACUUGGGAAACUGUUUGGACAGCUUUUUGGACUGAGUGAGGUCCUGGGUCGCGAGGAGCUGUGGAACAUCGUCCUCUGUGUCCCUACAUUUUUCUCAGUGGUUCUACUUCUAGUGUUACCUUUUCUCCCUGAGGCUCCCAGAUACUUAUUCGUAGAGAGAGGCGAUCAUGAGGCUUGCAAAAAAGCUCUCCAGAGUCUGUGGGGCAAAGGUGACUACAAACAGGAGAUGGACGAGAUGUUGGUUGAACAGGCGGCCAUUGAAGCAUCCCCAUCAAAAAGCCCUCUGCAACUUCUGAGGGACAGGACUGUCCGAUGGCAGCUUCUCACCAUGUUCAUCAUCUACUGCACCAACCAGAUGUCGGGCAUGUCAAUGAUCAGUACCUUCUCUUUUGACAUCUUCCUGAAGGCAGGCAUCCCAAAAGAUAAGAUCCGCUAUGUUACUCUUGGUCUUGGAGUAUCUGAAAUCAUCACCUCCAUCUCCUGUGGGCUGCUGAUUAUUGAGCCUAUAGGGAGGAGGCCGUUGUUCUGGGGGGGUUACGGUGUCAUGUCUGCCAUCAUGGUGUUGGUCAGUGUCACACUCAACCUGAAGGAUUCCAGCUAUUGGGUUCCACACAUUACCGCUAUUUUGAUCGUCCUCUUCAUCGUCUUCUUUUGCGGAGGACCUGGGGGAGCCACAGCUACUCUCCAGAGUGAGAUCUUCAUCCAGUCCGAUCGAAUGGCAGCUUUUGUCCUCCUGGGGACCCAACGCUGGUUGUUCUUCGCUGGGAUGGGCCUGGUCUUUCCAUUCAUGAUAAACGCCUGGAACUCGUACUGCUUCGUGCUGUUCGCCUGUAUGUGCCUGCUGGGUAGUGCUUACACAUUUUUCAUCCUACCUGAGACUAAAGGGAAGACAAUACUGGAGAUCUCCGAGGAGUUUAAAACCAUCACAGUCUGUGGGAAGUCCUUCUUAGAGGAAAAGAGUGUGGAGACCAGGUUAUGAUGCAGGCCAGAUUCUCCAAAAGGAGAAAAAUUAUGCUUUGUAAAGUAGUUCAAAUCAGUCAGUCAACACUGUAUAUUAUACAGGAUACAAUGGAAGAAGGCUUAAAUUAAGACUAAAUUAUUGAGACAAACAUGGCAAACAAUAAUGAAUUAUAAUGUUUUAUUCCCUGUCAUUGUCCAUAAACAUGUGUGACUUGUAUUGCCAAUGUGUUGUUGUUCUGUCAUUUAUGUGAUUCUUAGUUCAGGUCAUAACUCAUACUAUCAUAUAACAUGUAAGGCAAGAUAAUCAUUUCAGUUAGAAGAAUGAAACAAUAAAAGUUUUAAUUACAAAAUGUUUCAGGAUUUUUUUUAAACAUUCAUGGCUUAAUAUUCAGUAUGUCAAUUUUUUUGUGAAACAGAAAUGUAUUAUGUUUUCAAUGCAAUGUUGACUUAAAGGGGACAAAUUAUGCUCCUUGCCAGGUUCUUAUUAGUAUUUUAGAAACCCUCCGUUUUAGCACCUGUGUCUUUAAGCCCCCCUCCCAAA